AUGGGAUUCCUAAAAUAUUAUACACCAAGGGAGGUGUCAAGUCACAGUUGCUUCAAUGAUGUUUGGGUGUCAUAUCUGGGUGAAGUGCAUGAUCUAACAUCCCUGGUACAGGAGAAUAAAGGAAACAUACUCAUCUGGCCUAUCAUCACCUCUGCCGGGAAAGACAUAAGUCACUGGUUUGACCCGGAGACAAAAGAUAUUCGCACCCACAUUGACCCUAUGACAGGAUGCAAAAAAUAUUACACUCCGUAUGGCCGGUUUCUUCAUAUUCCACCUCCUUUACCCCGUACUGACUGGCAAAAUGACUUUGGUUGUCCCUGGUGGAAGGACAGGAAGUACCACAUUGGGAGUUUGACAAUCAAAACAAGAAAUAUCCGCAUUAUAAAUACAUUGACAUCUCAAGAGAACAUUUUAGAGGUAUGCUCAGAGGACACCAUGAUGGACAUUCUGGAAAAAUGUAUUAAGUACAACGAUCACAUAAAUAGUUACACUUGGAAGUAUGAUAGUACUGAAAUGGACAUGUCCAAAACUCUAGAAGAGAAUGGGGUGAGGGAUGAGGAUGAGAACUUCUUUGCCAUGCGCAUGGAGAGAGAUGACUGGAUCCCAGCCAUUCACUUGUAUUAUAACGAUGAUCUCACAGAGCUCUGA